GCCAGCUGAGAAGCACAGUGAGUUGAGGAAGGGAGGGCGGACUUGGGAAGGGACAGGAAACACUUUGCGAUCGUGCAGCAGGGGGGCAAAGUACAGAUGUGAGCUGUGCGGAGAGCGGUGAGCCAGAGCCGGAGCCGGAGACGGAGGCCGGCAGCGUGAGUCCAGCUCUACGGGGAGGAGAUGGCCUUCUUCAGCCAGCAGCCCUACUUCAACCCGAAAACCCCCUUUAAAGGGUGUAUCCAAGGGGGUCUUCAGGAAGGGAAGACCAUCACUGUGAAGGGACGAGUCCUGCCAGGGGCUGCGAGGUUUCACGUGAACCUGCAGUGUGGUUCAAAGCAGCAGGCAGAUGUGGCACUACACUUCAACCCCAGGUUUGACAGGCUCCCAGGAUACGUGGUACUGAACACCUACCACCAGGGCAGUUGGGGCACAGAGGAGCGCAAGUAUGAAGCACCUGCCCCCCGUGGCUCCAGCUUCAUCCUCAACAUCAUGGUGAACCGGGACUCCUACUCGAUUGUUGUCAACGGAAUGCACUUCCAGGAAUACAAGCACCGGCUUCCCGUCAGCAGCGUUGAUACCAUCUGUGUGGAGGGUGGAGUGGAGCUGCACUCCAUUGAGUUCCAAAAUCCCACUUAUGGUGUUGCUGCUCCACAGGUGAAACACAUGGCUUUCGGCCAUUUUGCUGCUCCGGUGUUCAAUAUGCCGCCUCCUGCAUACACCCCAGGGCCAGCCUAUGUGGUGCCUUACAAGUGUGUGUUGCCCGGAGGGAUGUAUCAUGGUAGAAGCAUCACGGUCCAGGGUGUGGUCAGCCUGGGUGCCGACAGGUUCGCCAUCAACCUGCGCUUCAACCACGGGAUCGCGUUCCACUUCAACCCCAGGUUCAAGGAGGGAACGGUGGUGUGCAACACCCAGCUGAAGGAGAAGUGGGGUCCGGAGGAGCGCUCCUCAGGUCCCCCGUUCGGCAUCGGCCAGCCGUUCACGGUGAUCAUCACGUGUGACAUUUCUAGCUACCGCGUCUCCGUCAACGGCAUCCAGAUGUUCACCUACCAGCACCGUUACACCGCCCUCAGCGAGAUCGACAUCCUGGAAGUGACUGGAGAUGUGAGCCUCACAAAUGUGGUGGUGUGAAGGCUCCUGCGGUGGCCUCAUGGGUACACUGGGCGCUCAGCACAGGGGCAAUGUGGGUAAUGGUCGAGGAAGCUGUUAGAUGUUUGUCUGGAACUGUAAAAUUUCGUGGCUCUCGCUGUUCUAACCAAAUAAGAGUCUUUGCAGGGCUUAUUGCUUGCCUCUGUUUAUGCUAGAGUGAUUUUAAUAAUUUUAGUCUGAGAUAUACCUGUAUGUCCAGCCUGCCUUUCUCAGGUUUCACACCCUUGCCCAUCAGGGUUUGUAGAUCUGCUCAAGCUGUGUUUAUGGAAAAAAAUAAAGUCUGAAAGCUUAUUGCAUUUCAUUUUCCACUCUAGUUCCUGUGUGAAACCCUUAAGUCAUUCUCUUGCGCCA